AUGGCACCGGCUUACAACGAAGAUGUGAUGGAUGUGGAGGUAGAGGUGGAGGUGUCAUCCCGCGGGAGUGGAAAAUCAACUAUUCUUAGUAGUGUUCUCCAUGGGCCACAAGACGAAAUCCGCAACAUCACCGAACCUCUGCUCGGCGAACUCCAAAUCCAGAUCAAAUCAACAGGUAUCUGCGGUUCGGACGUAAGCUACUAUAAGAAAUUUGCCAAUGGCGAUUUGUGUGCCUGUGCACCUCUAUCUCUGGGCCACGAAGCUUCAGGUGUGGUGGUAGGAAUUGGAGCUCAGGUCAAUGGCUUUAAAAUCGGUGAUCGAGUUGCCCUCGAAGUGGGUAUCUCGUGUGGUCAAUGUGAUAUUUGUAGGAAAGGGAGAUAUAAUCUCUGCAAGAAAAUGAGGUUUAGGAGUAGUGCGAAAAGUGUACCGCAUUUUCAGGGGACGUUGCAAGAGAGGAUUAAUCAUCCGGCGAUUUGGUGUCAUAAACUUCCGGAUCAUAUCAGUUUCGAUGCAGCCGCUCUUCUGGAACCACUUUCAGUGGCUAUACAUUCUUUGAAUCGAGCGGCCCCUACUCCUGGUUCUACAGCUGUCGUUAUCGGAGCCGGAACCGUAGGCCUCCUCGUCGCAGCCAUGGCCCGUCAAUCCGGCUGCCCAAUCGUAACCAUAACCGAUAUAUCCGCCCACCGCGUGCAAUACGCCCUCGACCACGGCUUCGCAACCCACGGCUACGUAAUCCCCCCAUUCAGCCCCAGCACUAUAUCCACCAGACCCUCCACCGCUUCCUCUUCCGGAAGCUCUACUCCCUCUCUCUCCGGAGCCACCACUCCCCUCUCUACUUACACCAUCAUCUCCUCUCGACUCGACUCUGCCAAAAACACUGCGUGCGAUAUCCUCUCUAUCUCAUCUCCUGACGAUGUACUCGGAGACAACGACCAUGAAGGUGCGGAUAUAACCUUCGAAUGCACCGGAAAGGAAAUCUGCAUGCAAACCGCUAUUUAUAGCACCAAACCGGGGGGAAAAGUCAUAAUGGUAGGUAUGGGGACGCCAAUCCAAACACUGCCUUUGUCGGCAGCACAUCUGCGUGAAGUAGAUAUUGUGGGGGUGUUUAGAUAUGCGAAUACGUAUGCAACGGGGAUUAGAAUGUUGGGGGCGAGUGUUAAGGGGGGGAAGGGAGGGAUGAAGGGGGGUCUGCCGAGUUUGGAUGCCAUGGUUACGCAUAGGGUGAGGGGAUUGGGGAAUGCGAAGGAGGCGUUUGAGUUGGCGGGGAGGACGACGGAUGAUGAGGGGGGGCUGGUUUUGAAGGUUGUUAUUGAGGUUUAG